GCAGAAGAAAAGAGCAGAGAGCAGCAAGAGCAUACCUGUCAGACUCUGUCAUUUACUGGCAUGGCAGCAAGGUUUUAAAUGCUUGCAGUUGAGCUUGUGAGAUCUGCUCUUGGCUUUGGCUUUAUGUUCCUAAGUUGCUGGAGAAUGUGAAUUGCAGCACACAGGUGUGUUGGCACCUUGUCACCCAGACUGCCUAGUGCCUUGCCAGUUUCACAAUUAUUCUCCUUUUUAUAUUUGCUUCUUCAUUAUACCAGUUGUCCUGAUAAAAGGGACUUACGGCAGCUUGGCAGGCCAGGCAGAGGGAACUUCAGGGGCUGCUCCUGCUUUGCUGUUAUCUUCAGCUGCAGUUUUCCAGGCUUUCAACAAGGAGACCUGUCAUGCAUCAGCUGCCAAGUUAGGAGCCUAAUACUGAACUGCGAGUGAGUAAGUGUGUCCAAAAUCUACAAUGACAGCCAUGAAGGAGCAGCCUAACAUGGGCAGGGGAAGCCAGCAGCAACAAGACCAGGAGAUAGGAGGUGCAAGCCCUCCACAGAGAAACUGGAAGGGAAUUGCUAUUGCAUUGCUUGUGAUCCUUGCAGUGUGCUCUCUCAUCACUAUUUCGGUCAUUCUUUUAACUCCAGAUGAUACUUUGAAAACAGCAGAUGCUCGACUGUCUUUGGAUGACCUAUUUAGAAUAGAAUUUACCAUACAUGACCCAGAAGUAAAAUGGAUAAAUGAUGCUGAGGUGGUGUACCGGGCCAGAGAUGGCCAUGUGAUCAAACUGAAUAUAAUAACAAAUGAAACAACAGUGUUGUUGGAAAACAGCACAUUUGUAACUUUUAAAGCAACAAAAUACUCUGUCUCCCCAGAUCUCAGAUUUGUUCUUCUUGCAUAUGAUGUCAAACAGGUCUUUCAUUCCUCCUAUACUGCAUCAUAUGCUAUUUAUGACAUAAAUACCAGGGAAGUGAGGGAGCUCAAUCCCCCAGAGGUGGCAAAUUCAGUAUUACAGCAUGCAGCAUGGGGCAUAGCAGGACAACAGCUGGUGUAUAUAUUUGAAAAUAACAUCUACUACCAGACUGAAGUAAAGAGCAGUGCAUUGCGUCUUACUUCAUCAGGGAAAGAGGGAAUAAUCUACAAUGGGAUUGCAGACUGGUUAUAUGAAGAGGAGCUGAUACAUUCCCAUGUUACUCACUGGUGGUCCCCAAAUGGAGAACGUCUGGCAUUUCUGAUGAUCAAUGACUCCUUGGUACCUAAUAUGAUAAUCCCACGUUUUACUGGUAAUCUGUAUCCAAAAGGAAAACAGUAUCCAUAUCCUAAGGCAGGCCAAGUCAAUCCAAUAGUGAAGCUAUUUGUAGUGAACCUUUAUGGACCAACUCAUACCCUUGAAUUAAUGCCACCAGAGAGCUUCAAAUCCAAGGAAUAUUAUAUCACAAUGGUAAAGUGGGUCAGCAACACCAAGACAGUAGUAAACUGGUUGAACAGACCUCAGAAUGUCUCCAUUCUUACUACAUGUGAAAUAACAACUGGGGCUUGUUCUAAGAAGCAUGAAGCAGUCUCUGAAGUUUGGCUUUCGAAACAGGAUGAGGAACCAGUGUUCUCAAAAGAUGGCAGCAAGUUUUUUAUGACUGUUCCUGUAAAACAAGGUGGUCGUGGAGAAUUCCAUCACAUAGCAAUGUUCACUCUACAGCCAAAAAGUGAACUGAGCAGUGUGCGGCACCUGACAUCAGGAAACUGGGAAGUCACACAAAUCCUUGGAUAUGAUGAAGUCCAUCAGAAGAUAUAUUUUCUGAGUACGGAAGAUUCCCCAAGAGCAAGACAGUUGUACAGUGUUCAUACUGCAGGAUCAUUUCACCGCAAGUGUCUUUCCUGUAAUUUCCAGAGGGAGAACUGCUCCUACUUCAGUGCCCAUUUCAGCCCCAAUAACGAACACUUCAUUCUGCACUGUGAAGGUCCCAAUAUACCAAUGGUCUCUGUCCAUAGCACAAGCAAUCCAAACAGCUCCUACGUUUUGGAAAAUAAUACUGUUCUGCAUGAAUGUAUCAAAGGAAAAAGGAUCCACAAACCAGAGUACAGGACUGUUCGUAUUUAUGAUUAUGAACUCACUCUUCAGUUAUCAUAUCCUGAAGGCUUUGAUGAAAACAACCUAUAUCCCGUCCUACUGAUUGUUGACGGAGCCCCAGGGAGCCAGCUGGUUACUGAUAAGUUUUGGAUUGACUGGGAUUCAGUACUUGUCAGCUCUGAUAAUGUCAUCCUUGCUCGCUUUGAUGGCCGAGGGAGUGGUUUUCAAGGGCUUAAAAUUCUUCAGGACAUCCAUCGAAGAUUGGGAACAGUGGAAGUCAAAGACCAAGUUAUAGCAGUGCAAUCAUUGUUAAAAUUACCCUUCAUUGAUCCGAACAGAAUAGCUGUUUAUGGGAAGGGAUAUGGAGGCUAUGUCACAGCUAUGAUCCUUAGUUCUACCGACAGAAUCUUCAAAUGCGGUGUUGCUGUGGCACCAAUCACAGACUGGAAAUUAUAUGCUUCUGCAUUCACAGAGCGAUACCUUGGAUUGCCAUCACGAGAUAUAAAUAUUUAUCAAGAAUCUAGUGUCCUACAAAAUUCUAAUGAAAUCAAAGAUGUGAAUUUUCUGAUCAUACAUGGGACAGCUGACGCAAAUGUACAUUUUCAGCAUACAGCAGAGCUGAUACAACACUUGGUGAAAGCUGAAAGAAACUACACUAUGCAGAUUUACCCAGAUGAAGGCCAUUUUAUUACAGAUGAAAAAAGCAAACGUCAUAUGUACAGUGCAAUCCUCAACUUUUUCAGAGAGUGCCUCAAGCAAGAAAUGCCUGUAUUACAGAAAGAACCAGAGGAGGAUGAAUAAAAUCAAGAACAAUUUGAAACAACAAAAAAGUAAACUUUAUGAAGACAAAACUAACAGUCUGGAACACUCAAAACCCAGCAUUAAAUACCACUGUUAGUGGAAACGUGGAAGUACGAGGGCAGCUACAAGAAAUUUACAGGAACAGCACAUUAGAGAUUAUGAAUCUGGUAACUGGCAAAAAGGACUUGAAAUUCAUGUGCCAGGUCUAAGAUUAUUUGAAAAGGAACAGUAAAACUGUUUUGGGAGUGCAUCAACCUGUUAGUACACUUUAAAGAAGCAGAAUUCCAAUUGUACAAAUGUCACCUACACCUACAGCUUUUAUGCAUGUGUGUUUUAUUUGGCCUCACUGCUGUAUAUGUUAAUAAUAGUUGAGGUAUGAACAAACAUUCAAAAUGCACAUAUUUAUUUUCUUUUUAAUUUUGUACUAUCACUUGCACAAAAUGUGGCAUAAAAUUAUGAUGUGCAUCCUUUUGUCAGACAUUGUGAUUUGCAGAUUUAAAACCAUCCAAGUUCCCUUGCAUCUCAUUAUAUCAUAAUAAAUAAACAGAAUUUAUACAAUUCUCUUUAAAGGUAGAAUGUCUUUGCAAAAACAGUUGUGGUAUUGUCUAUCACAAUUUGUCAUAUAUUACACACUAAUUCACUGACUUCAUUAGAAAAUUUUGAUUUUCAAAAUAUAUAUUUUAAUUUUAUCUUACAAUAUAAUACUUUCAAUUUAGCAAAGAACAGGUCUCCAUCAUCUGGCAAUAAAACUUCACAAGUGGUAAGAGUUUUAUUGGCAUAUUGCCACAACCAUAAAUGUGAACAUAAGGACUUAAGUGGUUCCCUUCUCUGCAACAAGGUUGUUGUCAUUUGGGGUUAUUUACCACAUCUGGUUUUAUAAUAUAUUAAAAAAACUAAUAAAUCAUUAUACUUUAAUAGCCUCCAUCUAUUUGAUUUUCCCCAAGGGAACAACAAUCAGAUAGAUGACAUUUCAAUGAGUCAUCAUUAAAAUCUCUUCUAUUAUUAUUAUUGGUGUAUCUUCCAGUAUUCAUUGUUCAAGUCACAAUUAGAUCCACAGCCAAGAAACUGCGUCAAUGUAACAAGAUGGGAAGCAAGAUCAUAGAAAUUUGUAUUUCAAAAACUGCAUUAAUUGCCAUUAUGACUGUAAACCUUGGCCAUGCCAGAGUGUCCUUCUGUGGAGCCAGGAUGGAAAUAAUUCCUGAGGAAUCUAUCUUACAUUAUAUUUCAGUACCACAAAAUAAUUCACAAUUUUCAAGCCACAAAUUCACAAGUUAAAUGUUCAAAAUAUAUUGCAUUCCAUGCUCAACCAUUGCAAGUAUGCCAUCAUGUGGCCAAAAUCUUGCAGAACAUUGAGACUUUUAAUGACUAAACAAGACACUAUUCUGAAAAUUAAACCAGAUCUUCACGUCUUUCGUAAUGCUAAUUUUACAUUUGUAAAUAUGUAGAAUAUGAAUGGUUUUUACAAAAGCUUUUAAGGAAAGGUAUUUUAUUUUAUGUUAUUGCCAAACCAAAUAUUAUAGUUCAAAAGAACAAAUCAAUUGCCAAUCUUAUAUUAUUCUCCUUCCUUCACCCUUGCCAUCUAUGAUAUUUUGUUGUAAUUCAAAAGCUUGCAGAGAGGUUACACUUUGAAGGAUGACAUUUUUAGACUACUUACCUGGUACAAUAUUUUUCAAGAACUAAGACUUAAGUAGGUACAUUGGACAUUAUUAUUGAGUAACACAAAAAUAAAACACUACUAAUGA